AUACAGGUGAGAAGCCAUAUCAUUGCGGUGUCUUUGGUCAAUCAUUCUCUAGAAGUUACGAUUUCACUACACAUAGAUGUAUUCAUAGGGGUUAGGAGCCAUAUGACUGUGGUAUUUAUGGUAAAUCACUCUCUACAAAUAGACAAUUGGCUACACACAGACGUAUUUAGAUAGAGAAGCGACAUCACUGUGAUAUCCGUAGUAAAUCAAUCCCGCAUACUUGCAACUUAACCAGGCAUAUCCGUAUUCAUGCAGGCGAGAAGCCAUAUGACUGUGGUAUUUGUGGUAAAUCAUUUUGUCAAUCUGGUGUCUUAAAUCAACACAAACAUACUCGUACAAGAGAAAAACCAUAUCAGUGUGAUGUCUGUGGUGAAUCAUUCUCUAAAAAGGAUGGUCUCUCUUCACAGGCGUAUUCAUACUGGUGAAAAGCCAUAUCGCUGUGACAUCUGUGGUAAAUCAUUCUCCACUGGAAGUCACUUGACUACACACAAAUAUAUUCAUACAGGAGAGAAGCCAUAUCUUUGUGAUAUCUGUGGUAAAUCUUUUUUACAAACUUGUCAUUUAAAUCAACACAAACAUACUCAUACAGAAGGAAAACCAUAUCACUGUGAUAUCUGUGAUAAAUCAUUCUCUUUAAGUACAUAUUUGACUAGACAUAAACGCAUUCAUACUGGCGAGUGGCCGUAUCACUGUGGUAAAUUAUUUUGUCAAACUGGUCAUUUAAGUCAACACAAACGUACUCAUACAGGAGAGAAGCCAUAUCACUGUGAUAUCUGUGGUAAAUCAUUUUGUCACACUAGUCAUUUAAGUGAACACAAACGUACUCAUACAGGAGAAAAACCAUAUCAGUGUGACAUCUGUGGUAAAUCAUUCUCUGUAUCUGGCAACUUGACUAGACAUAAACGUACUCAUACAGGAGAGAAGCCAUAUCGCUGUGACAUCUGUGGUGAAACAUUCUCUGAAUCUGGUAGCUUGACUAAUCAUAAACGUACUCAUACAGGAGAAAAACCAUAUCAGUGUGACAUCUGUGGUAGAUCAUUCUCUGGAUCUGGUCCCUUGACUAGACAUAAACGUAUUCAUACUGGUGAGAGGCCGUAUCACUGUAACAUCUGUGGUACAUCAUUCUCUAGAUCUGCACACUUGACUAGACAUAAACGUACUCAUACAGGAGAAAAACCAUAUCAGUGCGAUAUAUGUGGUAAUUCAUUCUCUACAACUGAUGGUCUCACUAUACAUAAACGUAUUCAUACUGGUGAGAAGCCGUAUCAGUGUCACAUCUGUGGUAAAUCAUUCUCUGAAUCUGGUCACUUGACUAGACAUAAACGUACUCAUACAGGAGAGAAGCCAUACCACUGUGAUAUCUGUGGUAAAUCAUUUCUUCGAACCAGUCAUUUAAGUCAACACAAACGUAUUCAUACGGGAGAAAAACCAUAUCACUGUGAUAAAUCAUUCUCUUUAAGUACUAAUUUGACUAGACAUAAAUUUAUUCAUGCAGAGAAUCUAUAUUAGUAUGAUAUCUGUGGUAAAUCAUUCUCCCACAUUAUAACUUUACUAAACACAAAUGUAUUAACACUGGAGAAAGUCCAUAUCGCUGUGAUGUCUGUUAUAAAUCUUUGUCUACAACUUGUGUUUAAGUAGAUACAAACAAUUUCAUAAACAAAAGAGGCCAUAUCAAUGUGAUAUCUGUGGUAAAUCAUUCUUUCAUUUAAAUUUAUUUGUCACAAACGUUUUCAUAGGAGACAAUAUAUCUCAUAUCUGUAGUAAAUCAUUCACUUUAAGGCUUAAUUUAACUACUCAUAUGUGCAUUCAUGUGUGAGAAAACACAUAUCACUGUGACUUUUAUGGUAUAGCAUUGUAGUUUUCUAAAUAAACAGAAAUAGUUAAUUUCA